ACUCCACAUGCCGGAUGUUACAGUUUGCGGUUUUCGUCAUUCACUACCAAAAUGGCGUUGCGUAUGCUUUGCUCCUCUGUGCUGCGAACGGGCACAGAUAUAGGGGUCAGCAAUGCCAGGACAUUUGGAACUGCAGCCAUUUUAUGCCGAUGGUCUGCUCCAUUGGGACCAAUGCCAAAUGAGGACAUAGACUACAAAAACUUGGAAUCACUCGAAAAGUAUCGCAGUUACACGCGCUACCUCAAGAAAGCAGAGGAGGCGAAGAACACACCAGCCUGGUGGAAGACCUACAGACAGUAUCAGGAGCAAGAGGACCCUGGGCGUGAUGUGGAGCGAGUCAACAUUGGGCUGCCACAUUGUCGGCCCUCCAGGGUAAAGGAAGCGAGGGAGCGUAAGAGGGUGGUGAAGGAGAACAGACGUAGUAUAGAGCUGGAGAGAGCCAUGCGUCUGCGCACCUUUAAGGUCUCCCUGGAUCGGGUGCAGGCAGGCUGGGAGGAGACGAGCGGCCCGUACCAUGUCCAGAGGCUAGCGGAUCACUAUGGGAUCUUCAAGGAUCUGUUCCCCAUGGCCUACUUCUACCCCCGCUUCACACUGUGUGUCAGCUACGGCCAGGAUAGCCCAGUACAUUAUGGGAACCACUUGACCCCCACAAAGGCUGCUGUGGCACCUCAGGUCAGUUUUGAGGCAGAGGAGGGCUCCAUAUGGACACUGCUGCUCACUAGCCCAGAUGAGCAUCUGCUGGACAGUGAAGGGGAGUAUGUGCACUGGCUGGUUGGGAACAUCCCAGGUGGGGCUGUGACCUCAGGAGAGGAGCUGUGUCCAUACCUGGCCCCGAUCCCUGCUAAGGGUACUGGCUUUCACCGCUAUGUUUACAUCCUGUUCAGACAGGAAGAAACCAUCGACUUCCAUGAAGACAUCCGACCGCUGCCGUGUUUGUCUCUGUCAGAGCGGAGCUUUAAGACGGUAGAGUUCUACAGGAAGCAUCAGGACAGCAUGACUCCAGCAGGCCUCUCCUUCUUCCAGAGUCAGUGGGACCAGUCUGUUACCCACACUUUCCAUAACAUACUAGACAUGAAAGAGCCCGUGUUUGAGUUUGAGCGGCCUCCUGUGUACCACCCUCCUCAGGUGAAGUACCCUCACGGACAGCCCCUACGGUACCUGGACAGGUACAGAGACGGACAGGAGCACACCUACGGAAUCUACUGAUGUGUGCAAUCUGGAUGGACACACACAGUCCAAUUAUGGUGAUGGAUGAUAAUAAAGCAUUUUUUUUCUAUGAAAUGUA